UCUCUGUGCGCCCUCUUCUCAGUUCCUCCCCCCGCGGCUUCUGGAAGCUUCUGAAGGCGGACAAGGUGGACUUCACAAAAUCCACUUCCAUCCUAAAUCAAGGCGUCCGGAUUCAUCUUCAGGACACAUCAGUGCCGUUCUGAAGUGACCGUCCGACAUCUUCCGCCGGUUAUAAAGUCGCGAUGCCCGCAGCGAUGGCUGUACCGAAGUCUUCAAACGUCGGCAAAUACAAAGGAGGGGCGUAUGUGGACCGCGACAAGCCGGCCCAGAUAAGAUUCAGUAACAUUUCUGCUGCCAAAGCUGUUGCUGACGCCAUCAGAACCAGUCUGGGCCCCAAAGGAAUGGACAAGAUGAUCCAGGAUGAGAAAGGUGACGUGACCAUCACCAACGACGGGGCCACCAUCUUGAAGCAGAUGCAGGUGCUCCACCCCGCCGCCAAGAUGCUGGUGGAGCUGUCCAAAGCUCAAGACAUCGAGGCGGGCGAUGGCACCACCUCUGUGGUGGUGAUCGCGGGCGCCCUCCUUGAUGCCUGCUCCAAACUGCUCCAGAAAGGCAUCCACCCCACCAUCAUCUCGGAGUCCUUCCAGAAGGCGGUGGACAAAGGCGUGGAGGUUCUGACGGCCAUGAGCCGGCCCGUGGAGCUGAGCGACCGCGAAACUCUGCUCAACAGCGCCACCACGUCGCUGUGCUCCAAGGUGGUGUCGCAGUACUCCAGCCUGCUGGCGCCCAUGAGCGUGGACGCCGUCAUGCGGGUCAUCGACCCCGCCACCGCCACCGGCGUGGACCUGCAGGACAUCAAAGUCAUCAAGAAGCUCGGGGGCACCAUCGACGACUGUCAGCUGGUGGACGGGCUGGUGCUGACCCAGAAGGUGGCGAGCGCUGGAGUGAGCCGAGUAGAGAAGGCCAAGAUCGGCCUCAUCCAGUUCUGCUUGUCUCCUCCCAAAACUGAUAUGGACAACCAGAUCGUGGUGUCGGACUACGCCCAGAUGGACCGCGUGCUGCGCGAGGAGCGCGCUUACAUCCUCAACAUGGUCAAACAGAUCAAGAAGGCCGGCUGCAACGUGCUGCUCAUCCAGAAGUCCAUCCUCAGGGACGCCAUGAGCGACCUGGCCCUGCACUUCCUCAACAAGAUGAAGAUCAUGGUGGUGAAGGACAUCGAGAGAGAAGACAUCGAGUUCAUCUGCAAGACCAUCGGCACCAAGCCCAUCGCCCACAUCGACCACUUCACUCCCGAGAUGCUCGGUCUGGCCGAGAUGGCCGAGGAGGUCAGCCUGGACGGCUCUGGCAAGCUGGUCAAGAUCACUGGGUGCGCCAAUCCCGGGAAGACGGUGAGCAUCGUGGUCAGGGGCUCCAACAAGCUGGUGAUCGAGGAGGCGGAGCGAUCCAUCCACGACGCCCUCUGCGUCAUCCGCUGUCUGGUCAAGAAAAGGGCUCUGAUCGCCGGCGGCGGCGCCCCCGAGAUCGAGCUGGCCGUGCGCCUGGCCGAGUACUCUCGCACGCUGGGCGGCAUGGAGGCGUACUGUGUGAGGGCGUACGCCGACGCCCUGGAGGUCAUCCCCUCCACGCUGGCCGAGAACGCCGGCCUGAACCCCAUCUGCACCGUGACGGAGCUGCGUAACAGGCACGCUCAGGGAGACAAGAUGGCCGGCAUCAACGUGCGCAAGGGCGGCAUCUCCAACAUCCUGGAGGAGCUGGUGGUGCAGCCAUUGCUGGUGUCCAUCAGCGCCCUCACCUUGGCCACGGAGACGGUGCGCAGCAUCCUGAAGAUUGACGACGUGGUCAACACACGAUGAGUUGGACGUCCACCCCUUUAGGCGCUUGGCGAGGCAGCCCACCGCUCGCCCGACAUCGGUGAUGUCGUUAGGUUACUUACAUAAGUUAAUAAAAGUCCUUUUUUUGACCCC